UGUACGUUGUAGGGUAGGAGGUGCUGGAAUGAGAAAAAUGAGGAGCUUUCCUGCUCGGCACAGAGGCAGCCCCAGCAGGGGCCCAACCUCCUUGCCCAGCCUCCACCGCGUGACUUUGGAUGUGGCUUUGAACUCCUCUGGGUUCAGUUUUCCUCGUGAAAAACAGGCCAAGGCUGCCCGUUCAGGGUUAUUGUGAGGGUUACGUAAGAUGAGACAUGCGCACAGUCUGGACCCAGGAGGUGUGUUAAGGAGAAGCCAUUGGCUCAGCGACUCUGGCUUCCGAUUGCUCUGCGGUGACGCCGUGGAGACCCAGAGUUGGGAUCCAAGCAGGGCUCAGACCGUGCUCCUUGCUUUAUGCUGGGCCCUGGCCCUGGCCGUGGGGGCUGUGCCCGUGGUGCUGGGCGCCGUGGGCUUCACCGGGGCAGGAAUCGCCGCCUCCUCCUUAGCGGCCAAGAUGAUGUCAGCGGCCGCCAUCGCCAAUGGGGGCGGAGUUGCCGCCGGCAGCCUCGUGGCCAUUCUCCAGUCCGUGGGAUCAGGUGGACUCUCCCUGUCAUCCAGAGUCCUCCUGGGAUCGGCUGGGUUUGCCCUUGUGUCCCUCGUGGUGGGCUUGUGACAGCUCCCUGUCACUCCCUUUGCAGAGAAGAGGACCAGGUAGUGCCCUGCUCGCCAGCCUGAUGCAGUAAGGGACCAAACGCUGCACCCCCAGAGGAAAAUAAGAAAUAAAAAUGAGUUGUUGCA